AUGUGGGCCCAGUCCAAAUCGCUGUCAUUCCAGCACCUGGAAGCCAAGAAAACCAUGGUUUUCUUGCAGGAACAGGAUAGUGUCCACAAAGUUGCUCCAAGUUGCAUCCUGAACAGCUUCAUUAAAGGCAAGGCAGAACCAGAGCUGGAGCUGGAGUUCCAGGGAGCCAGCUUGUUUCUGGCUCACCUAAGAGUGUGGCUCAGGAUGAAGGAUCUCCCAGGACAUGGCAUGCUGGCAGAGGAAGAUGGGCUCCAAGGCAAAUCCUUGUUCCCCUUAUUCUUGCAGCCUUGCAGCCACAGAUACCUUACUGAAUUUCUGGAGAUCAGAGGUGUCUUGAUUCCUCUGCAAAUACUGGAGUUGAACCACCUGAAAGAAGAGGACAAAAGAGAGUCUUUAACGCUGCUGUUGCUCACUGGAGACACUGGUGGGGAGUAUGAGGAGCUCAUUUGUGAAAGCUGUGGUACACAGCACGUCCAUUUGCACUUUGUCCUGAUUCAGGUGAAAGCCCUGACCAAGUUCUUAAAUGCCUCCAACUAAGCAAAAGGUCAAAAAUACACAGAGGUUCUGCUGGACUCUUUGGGCCACAGCAAUCCCAAGUACCAGAGCCAAGAUUCCCAAGGCCUCGAAGCCGUGCUCCAGCACGGGGCUCUGCAGACACUCGGGGUCAUGCACGUGAGGAGUGGGCCUUGCUGGGGGCAAUGGGCAGUGUUACCACCUGUGUCCAUCCCUGCUCAGGCAGGAGCUGGGCCUGUCUCCUUGGCAUUGUGGCUGCACCGGGUAGCCCUACUGCCUGGAAGGGAACAGCCUGGAAAACUGUGUGACAGCUUCUGUACCUCUCAAGAUAUGAUGGGACACGUGCCCUGUGUGCUCAUGGAGCCCAUGCUGUGUGUGCUGUGCUCAGUACACCUGGAGGUCCAGUACAAAAGAGGGCAGGAAACACCGGGCUUGGUCACGGCUCCUCCGCUUGCUGUGAUCGGCACGGUGCGGGCAGCGCCGGCCGGCCCCGCCGAGCGCCGCCGCUCCGGGCCGGUGUGGGCCGGGGUCGGGCCAGCCGGGCUGUGGUACCGGCUGGUGCCGGGCCGUGUGAGGCGCCGAAGGAAUGGGGAGUAG